AUGCUUGAGAAAUGUGUAGAUGAUGAAUGUUCUCAUAUAGAAGAAAUGGAUGUUGACAGUUGUUUAACAUCAUUAACAAAGAGAAAGGACGAUAGCAUAACCAUGCCAACCUGCAUAGCCUCGCGAGUUACAAAAUUGAGAGCAGAAGGGAUAGGAUCUGUGUGUGGAAAGUUAUAUUUUGGGACAAGUGAAAAGAUUCCACCAUCAGAGCUUAUUGAUACAACUGGUGCCGGGGAUGCAUUUGUUGGAGCUGUUUUAUAUGCAAUCUGUGCCAACUUACCACUAGAGAAAAUGUUGCCAUUUGCUUCGUAUGUGGCAGCUGCCAAAUGUAGAGCUCUUGGAGCUCGUACUGGUCUUCCAUACCGCAACAAUCCAUGCUUGACAUCCUUUACUGAAGAUAGAAUCCUAAACUGUUCAUCAACAUCCUAG